AUGCAUCGCGCAGAUGCUACAUUCGAUGAAGCUGGUUAUCUGGAUCCCGAGUUUGAAAUUAAUCCGUCUGCAAGAGCUGAGGAUCUGCUUGGAGAGGACAUACGAGGUAUUUCUGCAGUACCGCAUGGUAACGCUCCAUCAGUACUGCCAUCCACCGCUGGUAACCCAACUUCACUUGAGAUGUGGAAGUACGAAGAGGACAACGAUUAUUUUUUAAAGAAACGCCGAUUACUGGAUGCAAAACGGAAGCUCAAAGAGCGAAAACGCUAUUUAAAAGAAAUGAAAAUCAAGUAUUGGGAGCAGAAAAUGAAGAACGAGUUACACUGCAUAAAUUUGAGUUCUCAAAGGUGGGUCCGUAUCAACUGAUA